AUUAAUCAGCCCAAAAUCCACAACAAUCGAAAAGCCCAAAAGCAAAAACGAAGAAAAAGAAAAACCGUUUUAUGAUGACAAAGUAAAAAGUUGGAAGAAGCUGAAGAAGAAGAAAAAAUGGCAGCGCCAAAUUCCCAGUGUGAUUCCAAGAAACCGAAUCCCGAAACAUUCCAGUUAUUUUCCUCCUCCGUAGGUUCUGCUUUCGGAAUCUUUGACGAUGUUUCACCACAAAUUAACGCUAUACCUCCUCCUCCUUGUGUUGAAGUUCUCGCCUCUGAUUUCAAGGUUCCUUUAUUCGGAAAACCUAAAUUUGAGUCUGUAGAUUUUGAUGGGGUUACUUUGUUAAAGGGGCGAGUGAAUACUCAACAAGUGUUUGGUUUAUCCAACUCUGAUUUGGUUCCGGGGAAAUAUGAAGGAGGACUGAAGCUGUGGGAAGGUUCACUUGAUCUUAUUAAAGCCCUUCGUUCAGAGAUUAAAAGUGAGCUUAUUUCAUUUGGCGGGAAGAGAGUAUUAGAGGUUGGAUGCGGUCAUGGACUGCCUGGAAUCUAUUCUCUGCUUGAGGGCGCGGCUGUUGUACAUUUCCAAGAUUUCAAUGCAGAGGUCCUACAGUCUCUCACCAUUCCCAAUUUAAAUGCAAAUUUUUUCGAAAAAUCUCAACCAUCAUCGUCACCUUUGGCAAACGACGCGCCAGAAGUUCGUUUUUUCGCUGGUGACUGGAGUGAAAUCGAUAAACUUCUCCUUCCAGUUGGUACAGAUGCAACAAAGAUUAAAGAUUCUGGUUAUGAUUUUAUUCUCAUGGCAGAAACAGUUUACGCAAUCAACAGUCUUCAAAGCCUCUACAAUCUUAUCAAGAAGUGUUUGAUACAUCCUCAUGGAGUUGUAUACAUGGCUGCAAAAAAAUAUUACUUCGGAGUCGGUGGAGGAUCUCGGAGAUUUCUGUCUGUGGUCGAAAAAGAUGGUGUUAUGAGUAGUAAACUGGUUGCUGAAAUUACAGAUGGUUCAUCUAAUGUGCGUGAAGUGUGGAAGCUUAAAUUCAAGUAGUGCUGGUGUUUUUUGUUGGAAUGGUGAUGAUGAUAACCAUAUACUGCUUUUAUUUACUUGAGUAGCUUAUCAGAAUUAUUUGAAGAAAUUGUAGUUCUUGUAAUCUUUGGGGUAAACGAAUGAAGAAAACAAACACUUGCAUGAUAUAAUUAAUGGUUAAUACCUAGUUUGUCAUCUGUUA